GAACGUAAACCAAGUGAUACUCAAUCGUCGCAUCCAUCCAGACUACUACUACUACUAGAGUUGAACUUCUCAAUCAGACGUGUUUUCUUAUCUCCCUAGAUACUGCAUUCACUCACCAAAAUGCCUCUCAUAAACGAAUCGCACGACUCUCUGCCAUACAUCGAGGCGGAGCCUUCAACUUCAGCCAGAGCAGCUGCGGAGAAGCUCAUCGUCGCCGAGCUCGCGGCUGACGCCCAAACCACUAUUCACCCGUCCAUCCCCGCUUUCUCGGAACCCCAGUUCUCUCCCCUCAUGCAGCAGGAGGUGGAUCGCAAAGCGGCUGGAUUGCCCUUGACGGGGGGCAUUGACCUAUCACGCUACGAGGCCCCCGAACCGCCCGCCAGAGCUCCGGACGGAUCCCCCAACCUUGGGGAAUGGCGCCGGACGUUGCAAAGGGCCUACACGGCCAGCUCCCACCUGUCGAUGAGACACGACAACCUGGCGCUAUUGGAGGAAAACGGCAAGAACGCGUGGCUGAUCGGAAAUUCGCAGUUGGAAGAAAUCCUUCGCGGCCUGGAGAAGGAGCUGGCCGAGACCAAGGCGGCCGCGGAGACGGUCAACAAGGAGAGAAAGCUGGCCCAAGAGGCCCAAAAAGCGGAGCUGGACGGAUUGGAGGAAACUUGGAAACGCGGGGUGGGUGCGAUCCUCGAUGUGGAAUUGGCUGCAGAGGGCUUGCGCAUGCAAAUCUUGCAGCAGAGGCGCCAGCUAGCACAGCAGCACGCGCGGUAAUUGCCAUCG